AUGGCCAAGAAGGGGAAAACCAGCUCGAAGGCUUCCCCAACCCCACCGCCAGAUGUGGGCAAAAAGAAGAAUAGGAACAAGGUGGAAGAACCUAGUGAAUUAGAACUAAAGAAAUCCAAACAACAGGCCAAUAGAGCCAAAGUCACUUCGACAGCUAGCUGGACUGGGAAAUUGCCACAUACGUUAUUACAUGAGUUUUGUCAGAAGAGGAAAUGGAACAAAGUUGAAUACGAUAUGAAGAAAAUUGGUGAUAAAGGAAUGGUUGCCAUUGCAAUACUAUCCUACACUGACGCCAAGUCCAAGGAAACGUUGACAGUUAAAAUGAAUGAUCCGACUUAUGACAAGGCAAGUGGUAAAGGUGCAGUUGUCCCACAGGAGACACCUAACGAGGCUAGACAUUACGCUGCUACGGUGGCUUUACAUCGUGUCGCCUACAAUACUAAUAUGCAUAUGAUGCUUCCACCAAAUCACAAGAACGUCUGGUAUGAAUUGAACGAUUACAGAACGGCUAUUUCGAAAGAAAACUCAUACCGCUCCCAAAGGCUAUUUGAUUCUGACCCGUUCAAGACAAUGGUAGAGGACCAAAAGCUUAAGAAACAAAGAGAAAAGGAACAAGCAGGCAAGAACAAACAAGCAGAGAAGGAGCAUACUCAAACUGUGGUUGUAUCAUUGCCCAACAAUUCCAAUAGAGUCGACAAGCCAUCGGAUCUGCGAUCGAAAAGGCUUGCAAAGUUACAAAAUUCAACACAUUUCCCAAAGAAAGUAUGGGAAAACGCCCCUUUUAUAGAUCUUGAGGAGUCAUCGCGCCAGAUGAUGGAAUCCACCAUGAAAUUGAACAUCGAUUGGAAAAGCAGGAGGUUAGAUACAGCGAAAUCGCUGACCGGGGAUCGCGAGGUUCUGAAGAACGGAUUACUUUCUUUGAAGUUCAGAGAAGCUCAUGUUGAAGAAGCGAUGUCCUAUAAAGAUCCACUAUCAUUUUUAUUAUUGAACCUCCCGGAAGAUGACUUACCGCCAUUCUUCCAUAAGAGGAAGGAGGACACCAAAAAUAUACUACAAAUAUCAUCGCUACCGCUUGUAGUGCGCAACAUGAUUGAUAGACUAAUGGAGAGUGGUGUGUCGAAGGACGAGGCAGUCUUUGCCUUGGAGGGUUCCGAAAUGGAUGAGAACGAAGCCGCAGGUAAACUUACACAGGCGGCUUACCCUUCAUUGACAGCUAUCUCUGAUUCAAUGCCUUCGGAGCAGGAAUCAGUAGAGAUCUGGAACCAAGAGCUGGAAAGUUUGAGAUGCAUUUAUGAGGACUCUGUGACAGUAAUAAAAGAGAAUUCAUGUUAUUCUAUCGAUCUUUUCAAAGAGAUGAAAUUGAAAGCAAAAUUCUACAGGACAAAGCAUUAUCCUCAAGCACUACCGGGGAUUAUUGUUUCAACUUUCGAAAGAGGCUACAAAUUGCCAGACUACAUCAAGCAACAGAUCUUGGUCAAACUCUUACAGUAUAUCUCUGAAUCCAAGUUGCUUGGAGACAUGCUUGUCUUCCAUGUGUAUGAGUGGCUUCAAGAAAAUGUCAAACAGCUUAUCGAAAAUCCGGGUCCUCUUUUAUCUAAUGCAAUACUACACGAGACGUCGAGUAACCAAAGUGGAGAGUAUUCGCCAAUGCAAAACAACAAAUUGAACAGACGGCAAAGAAGCGGUCAAAAAUCAGAGAUAAAUGGGGAAACGCUGAAGAUGCUCGAGAAAGAAUAUUUCGAGAGGCUCAAGUCUGCGGCAUACAAGAAUAUGUGUAACUCUCGGGCAAAGUUGCCUGCAUGGAAAAAACAGGAUUUGAUUGUGAACCUCGUUGAAAGUAAUGAUGUAAUACUCAUCACUGGUGAGACAGGUUCCGGUAAAUCAACUCAAGUUGUUCAGUUUAUUUUGGAUUCCUUGGCGUCCAUCAAAAAAGAUUUUGCAACGAAGAUCAUCUGCACUCAACCCCGUAGAAUUUCAGCCAUUGGGCUGGCUGAGCGUGUUGCUGAUGAGCGCUGCGUUGAAUGUGGAGAUGAGGUAGGUUACGUGAUUAGAGGUGUUAAUAAAUCGAAGAUUACCACUCGAAUCAAAUUCAUGACUACAGGUGUCCUUGUGCGAAUUCUACAAGGCGACAAGACUUUUUUGCAGAAUACCAUAGUGGUUAUUGAUGAAGUUCACGAGCGAUCUAUUGAUACAGAUUUAAUUGUCAUUCUACUAAAGAACUUGCGAGGCAAAAUUCCAGGACUUAAAAUCGUCCUCAUGAGUGCAACAGUGAACGUUGACGUCUUUAAGAAUUUUUUCGGGACCCUAGGUACUUGCCAUAUAGAAGGACGGACCUUCCCCAUCAAGGAUCACUAUUUGGAUGAUAUUUUGGAGGAUCUAGACUUUACGAUCAAGAGCGAUAAAUCCCAUAACUAUUGGGAUGAUGACGAUGGAGAUGAGAAACUUUUGAAGCCCACAGCAGACUGCAAUUUUUUCAGAUCGGGGCAGAUUAAUUAUGACUUAAUCUCUCAAGUUGUUACUUACGCCGAUCAGCAGCUCUGCAAUGAGGGAAACGACGGUUCGAUCAUCGUGUUUUUGCCUGGUGUUGCGGAAAUCAACAGGUGUUGUAGUUUGAUAUCAGCAAGAAAUGAUACAUUUGUUGUUCUUCCGCUACAUUCUGCUCUCACACCUGAAGAACAGAGAAGGGUAUUUAAAAAAUAUCCUCGUAAGAGAAAGAUAGUUGUCUCAACCAACAUAGCAGAAACUUCCAUUACUAUUGAUGACUGUGUUGCUACAAUAGAUACAGGGCGCGGUAAAACAAUGAUUUACAAUCCUAGAGACAACACUACGCGAUUGACAGAAUCCUUCAUAUCUAGGGCCGAGGCCAAGCAGCGUCGAGGCCGUGCUGGGAGAGUUCGUGAAGGUAUUUCAUAUAAAUUAUUCUCGAAGAGACUAUAUGAAGAGGAUAUGGUAUCGAUGCCCGAACCAGAGAUAAAGAGAAUAUCCCUCGAGUCUUUGUACAUAUCGGUCAAGGCAAUGGGAAUAAAGGAUGUUGAGAAGUUUCUUGGGGGAGGUCUAGAUCCACCACCAACCGAAUCAAUAGGCAAAGCAGCCAGAAUUUUGACCACAGUAGGUCUUCUAGAUGAAUUUGAUGGCUCUCUGACAGAACUAGGGAAAUUUAUAAGUCUCAUGCCCACGAUGGAUAGCAAGCACGGUAAGUUGCUCAUAUACAGUAUAAUAUUUGGUGUUGCAGAUAUGGGUAUUUUGCUUGCGUCCAUUCUCAGUGCUGGGACUAUGCCGUUUGUGGGCGGUUUUGAGAAUAAGGAUAAAAUCAAGAGGUUGUUGUCGAAGUAUGAGAACAAAGGUGAUUUGAUAGCAGUCUGUGAGAUUUUUCAGCAGUAUUUGAGUAUUAAAGGUGAAUCAGCAAGGAAUAAGUUUAUCAAAGAAAAUCUGCUAUCCUACAACAAGGUGAAAGAAAUUCUAUCUUCCCAAACUCAAUAUCAAUCCAUUCUUAAGGAUAUAGGUUUUCUUCCUUUUAAAAAGGACGAGAAGCUUUCCGCAUAUCUAAAUCGGAAUUGUGACAACUAUGACAUAGUAAGGGCAGUGAUCACAGGAGCAUUUUAUCCCCAAGUUGCUAGAGUUCAACUUCCAGAUGCAAAGUACCUGAAAACCAGUAUGGGUGCCAUCGAGAAAGACCCAGAACUGAGCUCAAUAAAGCUCUGGAUCAGAAAUGAAGAGUACAUUGAUCAAUUGCUGAACCCAAAAGAAACUGGCCAUGAGAAUAAGCCAUUGCCGGCAACUAGAGCAUUCCUUCACCCAUCAUCAGUACUUUUCAAAGGUAAUAACUUAAGCGCUGAAGAGACCCGAGCCCUAGUAGAAGAUGAGCAACCGAUGCUAAGGCAAAGCAACACAAAUCCUCUUUUGAGAAAUCCUUUCAUUGCGUUCAACAGCGCUCACGUCACCAGUAAAUUAUACCUGCGAGAGGUCACUCCAAUUUCAGCACUAUCAUUACUACUGGUAGGUGGGCCGUUGAGCUACGACGUCAAUGAAAAGGAGCAUUCUUACGGUAUUAUCGUGGAUAAUUGGUUGCCAAUAAGAACAUGGUGCAAAAAUGCUGUGCUGAUCAAAGAAUUAAGAACUCUACUGGAUCAAGCCAUCAAAGAUAAACUCGAGAACCCCAGGUAUGUUGUUGUAAAUUCCAACCAGCCGCAAACGAGGGCAGACCAGGUUCUAAAGUUAGUCGAGGAUAUUUUCAGCUUAGAGUGA